AGACCAGGAACCGACCGACUCUUGUGUCUUUGUUCUCUUCUCCGGCGAUCCCGCUUCCGAAUUCCGGCCAGCAGCCGCCGCAGGGAUGCCGCCGAAGCGUGGGAGGGGAAGGCCGCCCAAGGACCCGGCCGCCGACGCCGAGGAGAACGGUGAGAAGGAGUUCGGGGAGGAGAUACCGCAGGCUUCCGGUGUGGUGGAGAAUGAUGAGAACAAGGAAAAUGGGGAGAUACUGCAGACUUCUUCUGAGGAGCACGGUGAGAACAAUGGUCAAGAAGAGAUGCCACAUACUUCUGCUGAGGAGAAUGGCGCAGAUGAGAGAACUGAGACCUCAAAACCCACAAGAAAGCGCAGGGGGGAUCCUCUUGCUGACCCCUCUUCUCUUGAGAUUAUGACCAGGCAACUUAGGGCGAGGCGCAGCGCUCUGGUGAUAGAUGUGCCUGUGCCUAAGGCCAUGCCUAAGCCCAAGCCUAAGAAUACAAAAAGGAUGGACGGAACGUCAACCAUGUGUCAUCAAUGCCAGAGGAGGGACAAAGGCAGAGUUGUACGGUGUGUAGGCUGCAAAGAAUAUACGAGGAGAUACUGUGUGACGUGCAUGACUCGCUGGUAUCCUCAAUUAACAGAAGAUGACUUUGUGAAGAAUUGUCCAUUUUGUCGCAAUAAUUGCAACUGCAAGACUUGUCUGCGGAAAAACAUAAUACAGAAGGUUGACAAUUGGAUCCCUGACAAAGAUACAACUAAAUUCUCUCUUCGAAUUGCACAUUUUUUACUCCCUUGGCUGAAAGACUUUCACUGCGAGCAGAUGCUUGAGAAAAGUGUUGAAGCCACACUUAGAGGCAUUGACACGUGUGACGUGAAGGUUCCUCAAGCCAAUGUUAAUAAAGAUGAGCGGAUAUACUGCGACAACUGCAGGACAUCUAUUGUUGAUUUUCACAGAAGCUGCAGCAAAUGCUCCUAUGAUCUCUGCCUCAGUUGCUGCCAGGAGGUUCGUCAAGGUCUUACUUCUGGGUGUGGUACUGCAAGUGACCUGGUCCUUAGGCAACCUGUGGUAGAAGGCAAGAAGGAUCUGCAAAAAGGUAGUGAUCAUGCUAUUGUUGUAAGUGAAAGGUCUUCUUAUGGGCAAAGUUGCCUGCUGAGUGAUAAUGCAGUGCCUGUUGAGGACAGUGCUCCUAGUUUGAAACAAUGGAGGUUAGAUAGCAAUGGAAGCAUACAAUGCCCGCCAAAUGCAUUUGGUGGUUGUGGAGAUUCUGUGCUUGAACUUAAGUGCUUGUUGGAGGAGAAUCUUAUUCCUGACUUACUGGUGAAAGCCGACUCAGUGGUCAACAAUGAAACAGCGCUGGAGGUGGUAGGUUCAAAAUGUUCUUGUUUUGCUGACUCUGGUGAGAUGAUCAAUGGAAUGUCGCGGAAAUUGGCCUAUAGAGAGAACUCCAGUGAUAACUACAUAUAUUGCCCAACUGCCAGAGACGUUCAAAAUGGAGACUUGGAUCAUUUUCAGGAGCACUGGUUGAAGGGUCAGCCUGUUAUUGUUCGCAACGUGCUUGAGUUAACUUCUGGGUUGAGUUGGGAACCAAUGGUAAUGUGGCGGGCCUUACGAGAAAAGAAAGACAAGGAUGAGUAUGAGCGGCUGGCAGUUACAGCUCUUGAAUGCCUGACUUGGUUUGAGGUUGAUGUGAACAUUCACAAGUUUUUUGAGGGGUAUUCCCGUGGAGCUGUUGGUCCACAGAAUUUGCCCUUGUUACUUAAACUUAAAGAUUGGCCACAACAUAGCUCAUUCGAGGAGCGACUGCCACGGCAUGGUGCUGAAUUCAUGUCUGCUUUGCCAUUUCGUGUAUAUACAGAUCAUACAUCUGGCCCCCUUAAUCUGGCAGUGAAGCUUCCAAAAGAGGUUAUAAAGCCAGACCUUGGUCCAAAGACUUAUAUUGCUUAUGGUGUGUCUCAAGAACUGGGAAUUGGUGAUUCUGUUACGAAGCUUCAUUGCGACAUGUCUGAUGCGGUCAAUAUCCUUACACAUACUGAUGAAAUAAAGCUCAAAACACAAAGGAUUAGAGCAGUUAAGGAAAAGAAACAGAGCUUGACCAUGCAUAAAGGCAGUGGAAAUCUCCAAGCUUCAGGAACAGAUCCUGAUUGCGACAUGUUGAUGCCUCUCAGCGAAUCAACCAAGGUGGCAAGACCUGAAGGAUUUGGACAUGGCUCAAGCAUUACGCAGCCAGUGCCAGAUGUUGUUUUACAGGAGCGGGAAGGUGACGUGAUAGCUGAUGAAGCUGAAGGAAACUUGACUGUGAAUGGCCAAUCAUCCAUUCAAGGCAAUACAGAUCCUAUGGAUGUUUCUUUUUCCAUGGAGAAAGCAGACAAAACAUUCUGUGAUAUCAAUGGAAUUGAGAAGGUCGGUAAUGGAUCCAGCAGUGACUAUAAAAGUGAACCUCCUAAUGAUGUAGAAGGAACUUCUGAACCUACUGGUCCGCAAACACGCCACAAGCGACACUCAACAAAGGAAUUAAAGGAAACAGGCACAGAAAGUGAGGAAGCAGAUGAAGCUGAAACAAGCCGCAAGCGACGCAAGCGACGAUCAACAGAGGAAUUAAUUGAAAUAAGUGCAGAAAGUGGGGUGCCUGAAAUUGACAUAAUUCUUGAGACAAAAGAUGAUGACCAAUUUGUAGAGGAAAACCAGCCAGAGGGUGGUGCAUUGUGGGAUAUAUUCCGACGAGAAGAUGUCAGCAAACUACACGAUUAUCUGAUGAAGCAUUCGGAGGAGUUUAGGCAUUACAAUUAUGAACCAGUGAAGCAGGUUGCACAUCCUAUUCACGAUCAAUGCUUUUAUCUAACAAAUGAGCACAAGAAAAAGCUUAAAGAAGAAUAUGGAGUUGAGCCUUGGACAUUUGAACAGAAGCUUGGUGAUGCGGUCUUUAUCCCUGCAGGAUGCCCCCACCAAGUCAGAAAUUUGAAGUCAUGUAUAAAGGUUGCACUUGACUUCGUUUCUCCGGAAAAUGUACAUGAGUGCAUCCGGCUGACAAAAGAAUUCCGUCUACUUCCAAAAGGACAUAGGGUGAAUGAAGAUAAGCUUGAGGUUAAGAAGAUGGCUCUUUAUGCACUGAAAGAAGCAAUUAAGGAUCUAACAGAAACUAAAGGCAAUGAAAGCUGUAGUGAUCCCGGAAAUGGAAAAGCACCAAAAACAUGCCGUGGCCGUGGCCGUGGCCGCCGAAGUAAAAGAUGAGUCCGCUAGAUUUUGCUGUCAUCAUUGCCUGUCCGCCCAAUGAUUUCUGGUGGCGGCCUGUUUUGGUUUAGCUCCAGUGUCCAUAUGUACGACAUGAUAUAUUUGUUGUUAACAUUUGGAAGGAGCACGGAUAACUAGAGAAUCCUGUACCUGGACCACAGAACAAGCCAGGCAGCUGAUGUUCCAGCUUUCUCAGGAGGACAUAUCUUCACCUGAGAUAUCGGCUGAAAGAGCUUUGUUGUAGGUGUUGUGCCUGGUGUUCCUUUUGAUGGUGCCCUACUGAUGAUUACCUGUAGCUGUAGGGCUGUGAAAGCUGUAGGGCUGUGAAAUUGAAAAGGCUCUCUGCUGACUUAGCUGCGGUUUGCCCGUAACCUAAAUUACCUGGUGGUGGUGGUAUUUUGCAUGUAGUCUGAAGACAGGUUGAUGUAACUUGUAAGGUGGUAUUUUACAGAUGGAAGCAUGGUGUUGACCUCUGGUAUUAUCAGGUUGACUUAAUUGGUUAAAUCAUUGCAUGUGUUUGAGUUCAUCCA